CCAUGACUUACUACUGACACUCCUUGUGACUUGGUACAUGGCAUGGUAGGCUACAUGGUUACCAUUGUCAAUAUCAAUGUAACAUAAUAUAAUUAUUUAAUUAUUAUGACUUUGUACUUAACGUUAAAGGAUGUGAAUUGUAAACGACAACCCUUUCGGUACAUUCAACGUCGUAUUGUUAUUUUGUUGACUGCCUGUGUGUAGUGUAGUGUGUAGGGGUGGCGUAGGUUACAAUUUACUGUUCUGUGUCAGUUUCUCUUAUCGGAUAAUCAGCCUCAACGCCAAUGAUAAUGACAAUGACAAAAUGCAAUGAUGAUAAAAGGGUCAUGAUCGAUUUCGACCGUAUGAGUCACAGUUGUCAAAAUACUAAAAAAAAUGUAAAUUUAAUUUUAGUCGUAUCAUGUGCAUCUUUCAACUUUGAAUAAAACAAUUGAGUAUAUAGUAUAUAAUACUCAGUUGAUUAUAGUACUAUAGGCCUGAUGAAUACCGUGGGCAUACACUGGCUACUCUACAGCUCUGGGCCUGCAGGGUUGUAAUUAUAUUUCAAUAGUGUACAAUUUUGUCAUGCUCAUAAUCAUAAUAUUUUUGAGUAUGAUUCAGUAUGUCAUGUUCCUAAAAUAAGCCAUAUGGGGGCAUCGCAUGGGGGGACAUCUGCAAAUCAUUCGCAAAUGAAAAUGACAUCAGGCCAUUUUGAAUGAUUUUUUUCCACCACCUCCCCAAAUACUCACAAAUUCAAAUGGGUUUGUUUUUCAUGACCAAAAGAAACCAAAUUUAUAUUAUUUGGACAAUCUGUACCUUUGCUACACUAGUAGGUGGCAGGGCAGCGCGAAAGGGACAGGUUUCCCCAAUAACACUGGGGUCACAUUCAAUGGGGGUGGGGAUGCAAUUAAUACACUGGGCAUCAAAAUCUUCAAUUAUCCAAUAUGUUCGUAUAGUAUAUGCCUAUAUCGCAUACUAUUUAUUGAUGAAAUGGGGUGGUGGACUUGGGACUUGGUUGGGGAGAGGGGGUUUCAGGCUUCCACAUGACUGGAGCUUUUCUUUGCACUGACCAAGUUAGGGGCCAUCCAUUAAGUAUAUUGUCACUCUAUUUUUGCAUAUUUUUACCCCCUCUCGCAAUAGUAAAAAAAAUUGGAAACCCUUUUCUUCACUAGAUGUUUGAUGUCAUUUAUGAAAAACAGCUUACAUGGUUUUUUAAUUUAUUAUAUAUAUCUAUGUUGAAAAAAGGAAGCAAAAGUAGGCUAUAUUAAGAUUGAAUUUUUUGUGUCUAAUAUUUUUAAUAAUAAUAAAGCAAUAACUAAUAUUUAUGUUUAUUAUUGAUUAUUUGAGAUGACCUUUCUAUGUGUCAAAUUAAUUCUGUGUAGAUUUUAAAUUAAAGACUAUGGAAAAAAAAGUAAAGACUAGUAACACAAAAAUGAUUGAGGAUCUUUUACACUGCCAUAGAUUAGAUGUCUUAAGUUAAACCUGCUAUCAGUUCUGUAACCUUACCAAAGAUGUUAUUAAACAUUUUUUUUUACUACUGUUAUGUCAUUUUUUUUCAUUGACCAGGAGAUAACAGGGCAUACGCUUUACUCAAUGUUUGCCUCACCUGCCCUGUUGCGUUGGUGUAAGUAUGCUUCACUUUCUCUUAUCUCUUCUGAGUGGAUAUGUUAGUUAUCUAUGUUUGAAGCCCUAAUUGAAGACUCAGUUGUCAAAUGUUUUGCUAUUUUUGACAUUCAACAAUAGUAUGGUGACACUCAUCUUUCUUUUGUAAUUCAUAAUUUUUUUUUUAUGUUAAGAGUUUAAAUGAUAAUAAGAUGAAAACCAUACAGUACAACAAGAUAAAUUAAACAUGACACUUUCAAAAUAUCAAUACUACAUUUAAAGAUUGUUACUUUAGGCAGUGGUGGAUUUUCUUAAAUUUUUCUUGUUUUUUAAACUACAGAUUAUUGUUGAAUAAGUGUUUUGAAUAUGUCUGGACUUCUACAUGUGUCAAGCUAUUACCUGACUAAUUGUGAGCUGUUAAAAUUCUUGUGAAGCAAGUAUGAGUGCAGAGAUAAAAGAAGCAAAUAAGCUUGUGCCGGAUGAAAAAAAGGAACAUGAUGGUAAGCAAAAUGAAAGUCAAUUCUCCAAUGAUGAAAACCGAGAGGUCUCACAGAAAGAAGAAAGUGAAAUUGCUGAAGACAGCAAAGACCAUGAGGCCAAUGGUGAGGAAAUUUUAAAGAAAACAAAUCAUUCUUGUCUCCAAUGGCUGACUCUCAAACUAAAGUUAGUGGACAAAGGUGCAACACCCCCAAACUGGAAAUAUAUAGGUCUGGUGUUUGUUGCUUUGGUAAGUUUGCAUAAUGUUUUAUGUCCUAAAAUCAACAUAUAUUAUUUUAAUUGGAAUUUUUUCUUAAAUGCCAUUAUUUUUAAAAUAAUUAUUUUGUUUUCUGUAUUUUUAUUAAUUGAUGGAAUGGUUCUUUUUUAUUUGCGAUAUUUUCAGCCUAUUCAAACAUUCCAGUCUUCAUUUAAUUUAUUUUUAAUAUGAGUUAAUGUUUACCUUAAUCUAGUGUAUGAAACUGUAUAAUAAUCAUGUUUAUAAAUUCAAGAAGAUUUUUAGUCUUGAUCAAAUUAAUAAUUUUAAAAACAAAUCUUACCUUGCUCGUACUUUACAAGUUCUAAAUUUAAUUUUUUUUUUUUAAUUUACAAAGAACUGAAAAAUUGCAGUUUCCUCAUGAUGUAUAAUGAAAAUGUGUUUUCUGGGAUUAACUAACAUUUUUGUUAUUUAUUGUAACUUUCAGUUUUCAAGUGCCAGUACUUUGACAUUCCUAUUUCCUUUCUUGCCUGAAAUGGUUUUAGUAAGUUCAUGAUAUUUUCAGUUAUGGAACAUAAAAUAUAGAUGAUGACUCACUUUCACAUGAAGACUCCAGAAAGAGUUUUAUUCAUUACAUUUUAUAUGUGUCAAGCUUGAAUCAUACAACAUAUUUCAUAGUCCACCAAUUUUAAGAUUCAUAGUUUCUUCUUCAUCUAUUCAUGGUUGUACAUUUCAUUUUUUUCCCCUUAAAAUAUUUUUUUUUUAAUCUAUAGGAAAUUAUUUAAAAUUAAUAAAUAACUUAUAAUAGACCAAAUGAGUGAAAAUUUAAAGAGGGAAAUAUUCUAAUAUUGUAUUUUGUUUCAACAAUGGAUAUACAGACAUUUGGCUACAGUGAGAAUGAAAAAGGGACUUAUGCUGGAAUAAUUGCAUCUGGAGUAUUUGCUGGUCGAAUAGUCGGAAGGUGAAUCUCAUUAAAAAAUUUGAUAGAGAGUUAAGAAAUAAUGUUUGAUAUUUAUCAUUUAUUUUUUGUUCUUAUUUUAUUUUUAAAGAUUAUAUUCAGUUUAGCAGUAGUCGGCAGAACUCUCAUUGUUCUGCAAAUUAACAAUUUUGUAAUCUUUGCAGUGUGUUUUGGGGGUGGUUAGCUGAUCGAUAUGGCAGAAAAAUUGUUUUACUGAUUACAAUUGGUUUGAAUGGAAUCUUCGCUGGUCUCUUUGGAUUUGCAGAUAAUAUCAUCCUAGCAGUUUUUUUACGAUUCAUGUGUGGGGCAGUUAACGGUGAGAAAAUUUAUUUGAACUUAAAGUCAGCUUUUCAGAAAGUAACUCUUUAAAAGAUAUAUAAAAUAUUGAAAAGAAUUGGAAGUAGAAACCAUGAUACACUUGAUAAUGCUGUUGAAAUAAUGAUUUUCUUUUGUACACAAAUUUUGCAUAUCUAUAUGUUUAUUUCUUGUGUCUAGGGACUGUUGGCACAGCAAAAACUGUCCUUUAUGACAUUUCAGACAACACCAACCAAGCUCUUAGCAUGUCUAUGCUGUCAAUCUCUUGGGGAAUGGGUCUGAUUGUUGGACCAACUGUUGGGGGUCAGUAAGAGUUGUGAUUAGAAUUUCAAAGCAGUGAUAAAACAAAAAAUGUCUGAGCCAACUCACCUACUCUACAAAAAAAACAAUAAAUAUUAUUUAUACUUUAUGCCCUUUAAAAAUAUGUGUUUUUCAAAAUAAAUUUUAUUAUUGUCAGAUAGUAUUAUUUUUUCAACAAUAAUAUGGCUACAUAAAUUUUUGAAAAUGUUUUCGAAAUUAUUUAAUUUGACCAUCUGAGUAAUAUUCUUAAAGCUGGAGUAAUUAAACAUUCAUUGUAGCAACAGAAGGAUGAAAUUGGAAAAUAGACAUAAAUAAAAAUUGUAUUUAUGAAAAUAUUAGUAAAAUAGAAGAAAAAACUAAAAAGGGAUUUUUACAACGUUUUACUAAUUAUGUUAUCAGUUUUGACACAGCAAACAUGAACUUUUAAAUUGAAAGUAAUUUUUGAUGUCUAUUUUGAAAGAUAAGUUUUCUUAAAAAAGUUUUUUUUUAAAUCACUUAGGUUUGCUGGCAUCACCCGCAAUAAAAUGGCCUCAUGUGUUUGAUAGCGAUGGAUUUUUCGGACGAUAUCCAUACCUCCUAGCAUCACUGUUUCCAUUUGUGACCUGUACUCUUAUCUUUUUUGUUAUUUAUUUCAAAUUUGAUGAAACAUUUAUUGUGAAAUCAAGUAAAAGGUGAGAAAGCAUGGUGGGCUACCCUUAAUUCAAUAAAAAAAUAUUUGCUUGUCUCACAAGUCUUUUCAGAAAUUUUUUUUAAUGAAAAUAUUUUUUUUUAAAUAUAAAUUUUCUUUAAUUAUAUUUGGGGAGGCUUAGUGAAUAACUUUUAAAUAACAUAUUUUAAAAUUACUCUGAUUAAUUCUGCUAAACUUUUUUUCACUGAUUAUAAAUGUGUCUUAUCACUAGUCAGUUUGUGAGUUCUUUACAAAUUUAAUAAUUAGAUUUUCUAAAAUCUUGUUUAUUUUUUCAAAACUUUUAGGGAAAAUCAAGAGCUUCUCAUCACAGACGCAACUGAGAAUAAGCCCUACUUGUCUGUUAACAGCGUCGACAAGAGUCAUCUCCCCUUUUUGGGUGGGGCUUCCCAGGAGGGCACAAGUUCUUUGCUUCUAAUUGCCCAGUCAUUGCAAUCUGUUCAUUUAGACACAGAGUCUAGUGCAUUUUUGGGGAUGGAGGUUAUAAAAAAACAGCCGAUCUCCUUACAAGAGUCUGAAAUCAUAAGAACUAUUUCUGUUUCAGACAUAAUGGCUGCUUCCCAAAAACAAUCUUUAGAUUCUAUAUCUUCUUCCAGUAGUGAAAAAUUAUCUCAGUCAGCCUUGAAUGAAAAUUUACUCAAAAGUGUCUCAUCCAAAGAGAUUAUUUAUGUAACUACUGAACAGAGGGCAAAAGAAACUGAAAUUGAAAAUUUUGAGGAAAAUGAGUCACAAAUGACCAGUUCACAAAAUGGUCGAAAUGAACAAAGUGACCAUUCUUAUAACGAAAAGUUAAAUCUAAAAAAUUCUUACAAAAUAGUUUACAGUCAGCCUGGUCUAGUUUGCGACACUGAGAAAGUCAACAUUGAAAGUUUAGCUUCAGAGGGGGAUAAACUUUUAAUCUCCAAGAAUGAAUAUGUCGACUGUGCUGCUCGGCAGGUGGAUUUCAGAGUUAAGCCAGAGGAUGAGGAGGAGGAUAUUUGCUCUUGUGUGGAGUUGGCCUGCUUGUCUUCAUGUUGCACACCAUGUAGGAACACAAGCAUACACAAGCUUUUAAGGUUGGCAAAUUUACUUAAGUGUUAGUAAACAAGUAAUUUUUCUGUUUUAAAGAUUUAGUUUAUGUUGUUGUUUUUUUUUUUUACAAGUCUUGUUGUUUAACACAAAUAUAUUUAUAGUGUUUAAAAAUUGUGUUUCUUGCUGGUGAAGUUAGUUUAAAAGACACACAUUUUAUAUGUAAAAUGGUUUUGUAUUGUGCAAUGAAAAUAUAGAAGUAAUUGUUAAGAAAUAAUUUCAUAAUGUUAACAUCAGAAUAGGUCAGAACUAAAUAAAUGAAAGACCACAAAGCUAAGAAGAGUUUGAUUUGAUUAAGUUAUUGUAAGUGGUGGCAUUAAAAAAAGCCAUAAAUUGCUAGUUGUCUAGGAGUAGAUUGAUGUGCUAAAAAAAUUGUAGAACAAGGUAUGUUAAAGCUUGAAUAGAAAGAGGGAACAAUAAAAGAAGAAUGUUUCGGCUAAGAGCCUUCCUCAGCAGACAGAACAAAUGAAAAAAAAUGACAAGAAAUCAAAACUUGUUAAAAUCAAAACUUGUUAAAAAACUUAAGUAUUUGCCAUUAUUCUUGUUGGAAGUUGGGUUUUCCAAAAAAAAGAAACUCCCCAUAGUUUUGCUUAGAAACUCCCCGUAGUUUUGCUUAGAAACUCCCCGUAGUUUUGGCUUAUACAUGAUUAUGUCCAUUUUUUCAACUAUUACCACUAAAAGUGUGAACAAGAUCUCGGAGACAUCAUUUUAUAGAUUCAUUUAUGGAAUUCGUUAAUGCAUAAAAUUAACCACUAUCAGUUAUUCAAAUUAACAUUUGGAAAAUGUAACACUCUGCACAGAUUGACAGACGUAUGGGCCACUAUCAUGAUGUACACAGUAUUUUCCUUCACUACCAUUGCUGUUGAGGACAUCUUCCCUGUCUUUGCUUCAACAACUCAUGAUUACGGUGGGUAAUUACAGAGACAAGCCAACUCUACUACUUUUGACUGCUGAUAAGAGGGGUUUUCAUUCUGUUUUGGCUGCAAGUUCAGAUAACGAAUAUUAUUAUUAUUAUUAUUAUUAUUUAGGCAUUUUUAUAUAGCGCUUACCUUAAAGCUCUAAGCGCUUUACAAUUAUUAAAAACAUCUAAACUAAGUAAAAUAAAAAUGAGACAUUAGGAUAGUAACUACUAUACUAUAGAAACAAUUAAAAUGGCUAUAGGAAGUAUAUGUAACAUAAUUAGUGAAAGUAACAGAUUUCAACUAUGCUGUAGCCGGUGUUAAACCAUAGAAUCUGAGCUCAUAAGCCAAAAGAAAUUUAUCAAGAAUAUAAUAUUAUUUUAACACAAUUUUUAUAAAGGAAAAUAAAUUUAAAUGCUUUUAAAUUUUAAAUAUUAAGUUGAAAAAGUUUGACAAAGAAUGUAAAAGAAAAAAAAAGCAGGAGAAAAUCACUGAUUUAAUUAGUAGUAGGCCCUACCCUGUUUUUAGUAUUGAAUAACUGAUAGACUUAAUGUGCCAGAGUUUAUCUCAUGUAAAUUAUAAUCUAACUGUCCCAGGGAUUAUAUCAUGUGCAGGUGGCCUAGGAUUCAGUACUGAUGAAAUCGGACUUGCUAUUGGAGCUAUGGUCCUUCCACUUUUGGUUUUACAAAUUAAACUUUAUCCUUAUAUGGUCUCCAAAAUGGGAAUCAGAAAGGUGAGUUAUUUACUAAAUGAGACAUAUUAUUGUGUCAUUGACAAAUUUCUCAGAACUUGAUAUCUGUUUAUUUAUGUCAAUUCAUUUUCUUUACAUUGUAGAUCAUGUUGAGUGAAUAUAGUAAAUUAAGACACUUAUUUCAUUUUGUAGACAUUUUUCGUGCUGUUUCUAUAGUUAUAAAUAAAAAAUUUGGGGCUCACCUUUAUUGAAAUUUCAUAGAGGCAAAUUCAGGUGUGCAUUAUUUUUUUGCACUUAGUGCAGUUCCAAUUUAUCAUCCAGAAAUACAUUUAUGGUCAAAUUAGUGCUAAAAAUGUUUGCAUUAAAAUACAUCUAAAUAUAUUAUUGCAUCACCAACAAUAAAUGUAGAAUAACUAUAAAUUUCCUUUAGUAAAGACAAUAAUUCAAACUGUAGAAGAACAGCAACAAAUGCAUUCACUAUGUUAAUUAUUUUUCCUCUUGACUAUUCCAUUUUGAAUUUUUAAAAAACAUUUUGCACUUCCCUUUAUAUGCAUUUUAAAGUGUAAUUUUUUUAAAUAGUUUUUUUAGUUUGACCGCAUUUUUAAUUCACUGUUUUGUCUGAACUUAAUAUAUUUCAGGUCUUCCUGGUUUCAGCCAUAGUAUCUUUAAUAACUUGCCAGAUUUUACCCACUGUCCGACUACUACACAACAAGUAAGCUAUUAUUUGGUCAGUUUUUGUUGCUGAGAAAGUCUUAACUAUUAUGCAUGAUCCUAUUCUAAGUUUCUUGUUUAUAUCAUUUCAUGCCAGUCGUGUUUGGUUGUGGAUUUGUUUGAUUGGAUUUCAAAUUCCAUUCAAGAUAGCAACUAACUGCUGUUUUGCUGGGACUUCCCUGCUGAUCAACAAUUCUGUAACUCAAGAACUAGCUGGUCAAGUGAAUGGACUGGCCAUGAUGACAACAGCUAUCGGCAGGUAAGACAGCGGGUGUUUUGGACUAGGAAGUAUAUGUAACAUCUCUUGAAGCUGUCUAGCAGCAAACACCAUAUCGAUGGUUCCGCGUUUUUUGCGGAAACCGCAUUGACUUUCGGGUAGGAGACCUAGCUCCAGAUGUGCAUUCAGGCGGUUCAGAAGGGCUCGGGCCAAGAUCUUGCCUGCAAUGGACAGUAGUGAAAUUCCGCGGUGAUUGUCGCAUGUCUGGCGGUUACCUUUGUGUUUGUACAGGUGGAUGAUUGAGGCAUCCUUGAGGUCUUGUGGUACAGUUUCCGUCUGCCAGAUGAUUUGGAAUAAGCCCAAUAGCUUAUCCGUCAGCGCUGGUCCACCCUCCUUGUAGAUUUCGGCAGGAAUCAUGUCGGGGCCAGGUACUUUGCCAUUGGACAUUUGGCGGAUCGCUGUCUGUAUCUCAUCAAAAGUUGGGACGGCGUCCAGUGAAUUGUUCGUUGGGACCUGGGGGAGACUUUCAAUGGCCUCAUCAUUAAUGAUGGAAGGUGUAUUGAGCACACUUUCAAAGUGUUCCGCCCAUCUUUCCAAGAUUUUCUCUUUGUCUGUAAUGAGCGUAGAGCCAUCAGCACAAAGGAGAGGGGAAGUGCCUGAGGUGGAGACACCAUAGAUUUCUCUCAGGCCACGGUAGAAGUUUUUCAUGUCUUUCUUGUCUGCAAAGCCCUGUAUUUCAUCAGCUUUUGAAUUCAACCAGGAAUCUUGCAUCUGGCGCAGUUGUAUCUGGACCUUGCUGCGGAUGCCCCUAAGUGCAGCUGUCUUUGCUGUUGACGUUGGGUCAUCAUGGAGGGCCUUGUACGCUCGGCGUUUUUGCUCAAGAAGAAUUUGGAUAGCUGUGUUGUUUUCGUCAAACCAGUCCCUGUGUUUCCUCGUAGAGGGUCCGAGGCGCUCAGCGGCUGUAUUGUAGACCAUCUCACGAAUCGUGGUCCACGCUUUUUCCGCAUCCUGGAAAUGCCAGGAACAAAAUACAGACCUAUAUACUACAUUUAUCGAUUUGAAUAAGGCCUUUGACAGGGUCAAUAGAGCUGGCUUGUGGAAAAUCAUGAAGAAAUACGGAUGCCCAGACAAGUUCACAAACAUCAUCCGUCAGCUGCAUGAGGGUAUUAUGGCCCGAGUACAGGACAACAGUCAAUCAUCUCCAGCAUUCCCCGUCACAAACGGUGUAAAACAGGGUUGUGUUCUUACUCCCACACUCUUCAGUAUUAUGUAUUCCGCAAUGCUGUCUGAUGCGUUCAAGGACUCCACCAUGGGCUUGCCAAUCCGGUUUCGUACUGAUGGAUCAGUAUUUAACCUUACCUCCGAAGUUCGAUUAACCAAGGUCAAACAUACCACGAUCAACGAGCUUCUGUUUGCAGACGAUUGUGCCCUUAAUGCUCCAUCAGAAGCCGUCAUGCAACACAGCGUUGAUAUCUUCUCAGAGGCCUGCAAUAACUUUGGCCUCACAAUCAACACAAAGAAGACUGAGGUGAUGUAUCAGCCAGCUCCCAGUAAGCCCUACGUUGAACCCAACAUCAUCAUCAGUGGACAGCGUCUCAACCUGGUGGAUAAAUUUACUUACUUGGGCAGCACCCUCUCUAGAUCUGUCGUCAUGGAUGAUGAAAUGAAUGGCAGACUCGCAAAAGCUAGUGCCCUAUUUGGCAGGCUCCGCAGCACUGUUUGGGACAGGAGAGGUAUCAGUCGAGAAACAAAGCUCAAGGUCUAUAGCCCUCCCGACACUGCUUUAUGGAUGUGAAACGUGGACUGUCUACCAGCGUCAUGCCAAGAAACUGAAUCAUUUUCACACUACCUGCCUCAGGAAACUCCUCGACAUCAGGUGGCAAGACAAAGUCCCCGACACCGAGGUCCUCGCUAGAGCGAACCUACCUAGUAUCUUCACCACUCUGAUGCAGUCUCAGCUCCAUUGGAUGGGACACGUAGCCCGUAUGGCAGACCACCGGCUCCCGAAACAAAUAUUCUUUGGAGAACUCACGAUAGGCAAGCGCUCCCAAGGAGGCCAAAGAAAGCGUUACAAAGACUCACUGAAAGUGGCACUAAAGGCCUUCAGCAUAAACCCUACUCAAUGGGUGCAGACAGCCCAGGAGAGAGCCAGAUGGAGAGCUGCUGUCAAGAAGGGGGCUAAAUCCCAUGAAGCUAAGAGAAUAACCACAGCUGAGACACGCAGGCUUGUCCAAAAGAGCAACUAUUCCAUGCUCAGGGUGUCAUAGAUUAUUCCGAGCAAGGAUCGGUCUAACAAGCCACCUAAGAGCUCACCGUAAUCCCAACCCCCCCGCCCGCCCCUAACUGGAUGAUUUGAUGGUCCUUGUCGACUUCGACGGACGAACAACAACAAAAAAAUAUGUAACAUAAUUAGUGAAAGUAACAGAUUUCAACUAUGCUGUAGCAGGUGUUAAACCAUAGAAUCUGAGCUCAUAAGUCAUAAGCCAAAAGAAAUUUAUCAAGGUCAUAUGUUAAUUGUGUGUGUAAAUAAUUAGGCAAACUAAUUAAAGGAUUGCCUAAAAUGUAUAACACAUUCAUUAACUUUAAUGUUAACUAUAAUUACAUUGAUAAAAAUAUUGAUGAUUUAAUAUCGAAGCACUUGAGUUUUCAUUUGCAUAUUUUACACUUAAAUAUGAAUGAAAGAAAUAAAUAUUUUGACAGCACCAUUUUUAAAAGGAUUUCUUUACAUUUUAUGACUUAAUGAUAAUCAUUUUCCUGACACAGAACAUUUGCCCCCCUGGUGUCCGGAGUGCUCUUUUCCUGGUCUGUGACUUAUGGUAUAGAGAUUGGUGCACCCUUUGAUACAAGCUUCCCAUUUUUUGUUAUUGGAUUAUUGUUCUUUGUCACAGUGUUUGAGUGCUUGCAUCUGAACCCAGAACUUGACCAGCAGAAGAAAAGAGGAUAGACUUGCUUUACUGUAUUACAAUUCAAUAAGCUAGUGUUCAUUGUCAAAGUUCUACUUUGUGAAGCAUUUUAUGUAUUUCAGUGAGACCUGCAUAUUUUAUAAAUUUUUACAGUUUUUAUAAAAAUGUUUUAAAAAUCAUUUUAAUUGAAAUUAUGAAAUACCGGUACACUUUGUUUAAAUAUUAAAUUGCCCUAUGUUGAUAAUUAUUGUUUUAGAAUUAUAGCUACUCUACUUAACAAAAUAUACAAACUUUUGAAGAUUUUAAUAUUUUCAUACUUUCCCUGAUAACAUCAGCUUGGUUGGUUUUUUAACCUUAAUCAAAAAAAUUUUUUAAUGUCCAAUAAAUAUUUGUUAAAUUUGUUUGCUUCAAUGUAAACGCUGUAAAAGACUUGAAAUUGUGUUCUGUUUGUGAAUCUUGCUCAUUUUAAUGGAAACAGUGUUUUUCUUUUACUGCAAAAGAUAAUUUAUUCAUAUUAUUGGUACUUAUUUGUAGCACACUAAUUAGUGUGUCAUUUUUUUUGUGAUACAUAAUUCUUUACCUCUUAAUGUUACUUAUACAUCAGAAAAAUCAUCAAUAGCUGAUUAUUAACACCCAUGACAAAAUAUGUCUCCUUUGAUUUUUUCAAAAAAACUAACGAGCUAAUUGGAAUAGAGAAUAUAAAAUGAAGGGGAGGUGAGUUCUUAGAGUAAUUAAUUUUUUAGAAACAACUGAUAAGAGAUUAAAAAUUAUUUGUAAUUUUUCAAUCAUGAAAGUAUUUAGUUUUCUUACACUCUUUAUAUACCAAGAUACCUACAAAAAUCUACUACAGGAUUGCAAACACCCCCCCCCCCACACACACACACACACACUGCCUAUAGCA